AUGGCCUUCCUUCGUCGAACCCCGAGCCUCGUGCAGAGCCUCAACCCGGUUCUCUCAUGGAAUAUCGAGCAGCGCGGGGUCAGUGCCAACGAUAGCAUCCAUACCUCGGACCUCUUCCAUCUGUCAUCUCUCAAUUACUCCAACAGCGACCCGUACUUUCUGUAUGAGAGUACCGGCCAUCUGGACGCCGAGGCGUCCUUCCAGUUUGCCUGGACUAUCGAAUACAGCAACUACUCCCAAGACGCGGGGACAGACGCCGUGACCUUCACUCGCAACAGCACCCGCCAUGCACUCUACUUCACCACCGAGAAUGGCACUUCGCAGCAGGAUCUCGUCGCUGCGACGGACGACAACACUUGCGCUCAGUCGCUCAGUUAG